AUGGCUGAAAAUCCUCUACUGAACGGGCCCUCCUCAAACCACAGUGAAAAUGAGAGUGACUCAGUUAUUUGCCCAGAGCUAGAAGACUGGUGGAAAAUAGUAUACUCUAUACUACCCGUAUACAUAGACAUCAUCUGUGUUAUUGGUAUCUUUGGAAAUGUACUUGUUCUCUUCAUUUAUUCAUUUUACAAGGGCUCCCUAAAGAUAGCUGAAAUCUACCUUAUUAACCUAGCCAUGGCUGACCUUAUCUUCCUCAUGUGCCUCCCUUUCUGGGCAGCGAACAUCAGGAAUGAAUUUAACUGGCCAUUUGACAAUUUCCUUUGCCGUAGCACCAACGCAGCCAUCAGCCUAAACAUGUACACUAGCAUCUACUUGCUCGUGGCAGUGAGCUUGGAUCGCUAUCUGAUUUUUGUCCAUACCUUGAGCAACAGACGGAUACGAAGCAAAACUUUAGCUAAAGGGAUCUGCUUGCUCAUCUGGCUCUUUGGAAUACUUGUCAGCAUCCCAACCUUCGCAUUUCGGACUGUGAAACACUAUCCGCAGUGGAAUAUCUCAGCAUGCACCUUAGACUUCCCCUCUCCAUCAUGGAUUGUAGCAGAGCGUCUGGUGUUCAACAUAUUGGGAUUUGCGCUGCCAUCUAUGGCAAUCAUCUUCCUUAAUUUUUGUAUCGUUCACUCCCUAAGAGAAAACACAAGAGAACAAAGAGCACUCAGAACAAAGAGCUGCAAGGACCACAGAGACACCAGGGCUACCAGGCUGAUCUUCAUAGUGGUUCUGAUGUUUCUUUUGUGCUGGACUCCUCACCAUCUUUUUACAUUCCUUGAUAUAUUAUUCCAGAUGGAAGUGGUCAAAGGCUGUGUGUGGGAAGAACUGCUCAACUUUGGCCAGCAAUUUACUUCUACUCUGGCUAUCACCAACAGUUGUAUUAACCCUGUGAUUUAUGUCUUUGUUGGGAAAUAUUUCAGACAAAUAGCUUUGCAAGUUUUUUCACAACUUAUUCCCUGUAGGUUUUCUUGGAGCUGGGAAUCAUUAAAAGAAAAGUCAAUUUCAUAUUUCAUCUUGUUCCCAGUCAGGAGUAGCUUAACCUAA